AUGGCCGUAUUUCCAUUGCCCCAGCUUGAAGAUAAUGCUGUAUUAUUACCCAGUUCCCAAACUAACUCAACGCAGCCUCAGCUAUGUGACGUAUGGAGAGAUAUACAAGGUGCCCAUAAUUGGAAUGGUUUGCUUGAUCCCAUGGUGCCCAAUUUGAAAGCUGAAGCUCUCAGAUAUGGGAAUUUGGCACAGCUUUGUUACAAGGCAUUUGAUGGCAAAAGCUACUCCAAAAACUACGGCACAUGUUAUCACAGUAAAAGAGAUCUGUUCAAUAAGAUGGGCAUGUCUGAAAGUGGCUACCAAGUCACUAAAUAUGUUUACGCCAAUACUAAUCUGUUAAAUCAAGUUUUUGGUGAGAAACCAAAAGACCAAGGUGUUUGGUUGGGUUUUAUUGCAGUUUGCACGGAUCCAAAUGAGAUAAGAAGGCUUGGACGACGAGACAUAGUGAUUGCAUGGAGAGGAACUCAGACUGCUGAAGAAUGGAUAGAAGACCUGAGAGAUAUUCUUGUACCUACAAGAUUAUCCUAUAGAUGCAAGAGGACAGGCAAAAACCAAGAGCAUCAUUUCGCGGAUGGAGUACUAAUUGAGAGAGGAUUCCUGAGCUGCUAUACUUCAACUGUCCGUCACCGUCAAGGCGCUGCAGGAGCCACUGUGAACAUCAGCACCAGAGAUUUGGUUGUCUCAGAGAUAGAACGAUUGAUUCAAGUUUAUGAAAAAGAGAUGGACAAUUUAAGCAUAACAUUUACGGGACACAGCUUAGGAGCUGCUCUUGCAACCUUGAGCGCUUAUGAUAUCAAACAAAUGCUUUGCACCAAGCAUAAUUUUCAUCAAAUUCCCGUCACCGUCUUCGCUUUUGCCUCUCCCCGGGUGGGAAAUCUUGCGUUUGCUAAACGGGUGGAGGAGAUUGGAGUGAAAGUGCUGAGGUUUGUGAACAAGCGUGACCUGGUUCCCAAAGUGCCCGGAGUUUGUAUGAACGAGAACGUGGGAUGCCUCAGGAAAUUGCUGCAUUGGCUUCCGUGGACAUACUUUCAUGUUGGCGUCGAGCUUCCUUUACACAACAAUUCUCCAUUCAUUCAGCACACCCAUAAUCUUGCCUACUUUCAUAAUUUAGAGCUUUACUUGCAUUUACUGGACGGGUACGUUGGAAGUAAGCAGCCGUUUUCUUGGAGUGGAAGAGAUCAUGCUCUGGUUAAUAAGAGCUGUGAUUUAUUGCGCGAGAAAUAUGAAAUUCCUCCAAAAUGGUGGCAGGAACAGAACAAGGGCCUCGUUAAAGGUCCAGAUGGCAAAUGGACGCAGCCAUCAGAAGAGGAAUAA